GGACUUUGUAUUUACUUAACAAUUUUCAUUUUUCAUAUUGGUACCGUCAGCAUGAGUUUGCAAUUUACUUUGCUUGAUACUUUUUUCACAAUGAUUGCAGGUUCAUGCCGUCCUGAAGGAACUUGUUCACAAAUCAAUCAACGAGACUAUGGAGCUAAAGCAGUAUCCCACUCUUAGAGUGGAGGUUGCAAAUGCAGCAUGUGAAUCGUUGGACAGGAUGAAGGAAGAAAGCAAAAAAGCAUCUCUACAACUAGUAGAAAUGGAGUAUAGCUACCUGACAGUUGAUUUUUUCCGAAAGCUUCCUCAAGAUAUUGAUAAGGGUGGAAAUCCAACGCAUUCAAUAUUUGAUAGAUACAAUGAGGCGUACCUUAGACGAAUUGGAACAACUGUCUUGUCUUAUGUCAAUAUGGUUUGUGGAAGUUUGAGGCACUCCAUUCCGAAGUCCGUCGUCUAUUGUCAAGUGCGUGAGGCCAAGCGUAGCUUACUCGACCAUUUCUUUACUGAUUUGGGUAAAAAGGAGGCGAAACAGUUGGGCUCAUUGUUGGAUGAGGAUCCAACAAUAAUGCAGCGACGUAUAAACCUUGCGAAGAGACUUGAGCUCUACAGAUCUGCCCAAUCAGAGAUUGAUGCAGUUGCCUGGUCUAAGUAGAGUCAGUAAUCGGAGGGCUGUGAUUAUUUGAUUGAUGACCUGAUUUUUUAUACGUCAGUGGAAGGGAAGGGCCGAUCAUGAUUUGCCUCUGUAUUUUUUAUUACACUCGGAAAAGAUUGACACGAUGAGUUAUAUUGUAUCAACAAUAUUACACUGGUAUUUGGAAACUGAAUUUGCAUUCUUACUGGGCACUUGUGUUGUAGAAUGCUUUGGACAUGAAUGUUAUGAAGGCGACAAGUAGAGGGUUCUCGAUUCUACUUUUAUUU